AUGGACGGUGAUCCAGCCGUUGAGCCAGAAAUCGAUGGCUUCAGUCGCGUGCUACCUCUACCAUAUCGCGUCGCCCUGAUCAUAGUUCUAGGCAUAUGGGCAUGGGGUCUAAACCUCCACUACCUCACUCUCAUCAAGAUAGACGUCCCAAGUCUCAUCCGCUACCCUGGCCGCACCUCGCCGCGCCAUAUACCGCACCACCUCUCCUGCUACCGUAUCGCCACAUUCCUCUCCAUCCCGCUUGCGCUCUCGCUGUUCCUAUUUUGGGCCCUUACACACGGCAGUCCCAAAGACAUCGCAGGCUGGGAAAUUCUACCAAACCUAUACCUACUAGUACUGGUCAUUGGCUUCGUAGUACCGCUGCCGUUUGUUAGUCGCAAUGGGCGGUCUCGUACGCUGGCGACGCUGAAGCGCAUAUCCAUUGGCGGCAUCGCAGAAGCGCACGAUGGGAAGUUUGGGGACAUUCUGCUCGCAGAUGCAUUGACAAGUUAUGCCAAGGUGCUGGGAGACCUUUUUGUCUCACUGUGCAUGUUCUUCUCGUCCUCGCACAGUUCAACAGGACCUCCGAACAGAAACUGCGGUGGCGCUUUCUGGGUUCCCUUCAUCAUCGCUGUACCGUCGAUGAUCCGCCUCCGGCAGUGUAUCACCGAGUACUAUCGUGUUCAGAAAGCGAACAAGCAAACCGGGCAGAUCAGUCCGGCAACGGGAUGGGGUGGCCAGCAUCUGGCCAACGCACUGAAGUACUCGACCGCAUUCCCGGUUAUCGUACUCAGCGCUUUGCAACGCUCGCCCGACCCUUCACGUUUUGGCGUUUCGGAAGCGACCCUGUUCCAUAUGUGGCUCGUCGCAGUGGUGGUCAACUCUGGUUACUCCUACUACUGGGACGUAGCUAAAGAUUGGGACCUCACUUUGUUUUCUAAUGCUCGUACUCGGGAUAGUCCCGAAUACCCAUGGGGUUUAAGACGGCAUCGCUGGUUCCAUGCCAAGGAGUUCUACUAUGCAGCCAUUGUCGUAGAUGCAAUGCUGAGGUGUACGUGGAGUUUGAAACUCAGUGUGCAUCUGGAUCAUUUCAACGACUUAGAAGGAGGAAUCUUUACGAUGGAGGUUCUCGAGGUAUUGCGAAGAUGGAUAUGGAUCUUCUUCCGCGUAGAAACAGAGUGGUGUGAUCAGCAACGGCCCAACUGCAGCUCCUGCAUUCGAGUGGGAAUAGCAUGUACCGGCUAUCGGGACACAACCAACAUUCGGAUCAGCGACCAAACGGAUUUUGUACGGACGAAAGCUCUAGCAAACACGAAGACUCCUCUGAAGCAACGAUUUACUGGUGAACCCAAAGUGAAGCUCAAAGUUCGCCACCUACCCCAAGAUCUUCUUAUCAUGGGCCGAGAUAUGUUCUUCACAUACUAUGUUUCGGAUUUCAGUCGAACAUGGGACUUCCUUUAUAAUUACCUGGACUCUAGCCACGCGCCUAAACAUAUUUCUCUAUGCAUCGAAGCAGUCAGCCUUGCCUUCCUGUCCCACCAAGUUUCAUCGCAGACGGCAAGAGAUCUAGGACGUAGAAAAUACUGUGAAGCAUUACGGAAAAUCAACAUCGCCCUGCAAGAUCCGGUGACAGCAAAAGCCACGUCAACUUUUGAAGGGGCGUUGCUGAUGGAUCUCUUUGAGAAGAUCAUGAAGUCAGCUUCGGAGAUAAACACGUCGCGACAUGCCCAUAUUGAAGGCGCACUUGCAUUAGUGAAGCUACGAGGUGUGGAGUCGUUCAAGGAAGGCACAGAGAUGCGAGCAUUGAUGGGACUUUCUUUGAACUCAACGGUUUGCUCACUAAGUACCGGGCAGCCGGUGGACGAUGCCAUACGACAAAUACGAGUACACGCAGCACAGUUCGUCAACACAGAUUACCCAAAAUGGAAACUCAGUGGGUUGAUGCUCGAAGUCACCGAUCUAGCUGCGGAAAUGCGACAAGGUCGUAUGACAACUGAAGAAAGGAUAGCCAAAAGUGCGUAUUUCGAUCGAGAGCUCGAGCUCGUUGCACUCGAAGCAAGCCCAGUUUGGACAUAUGAGCGCAGAAACUUACAUGGUGCUCAUGGAGAAAGGCUGGUACCGGAUGGGUUCCCCUUAGUAUACGAUGUGUACCCGGAUCGCAUGGUCACACAGAUGUGGAACGUCCUUCGAAUAGCACGCAUGCUCCUUUGCGAGGAGAUCAUUCAGUCUUGUGCCAUGGGCUCCGAUCUCGAGAUGACCGCCCAGUCUGCCCGUGCGAAAACUGCAAUUUUUACCCUGGUCCAGGAAAUUGUCGCAUCAGUCCCACAAAUGACGGACUGCGACUUGGUUGCAAAACAUAAACUGCCGAGUGGAAGCACAGGCAAACAGCACACACAUAGUAUGCCGCAUAUCCUUGACAUCUACAUACUAAUAUUCAGCCUAUACGUUGUUGCUUGGUCGAAAAGCUGUCCACAGGCUGCAGUUGAUUGGAGUGUCAAGCAGCUGCAACACAUCGCCGAUCAUUUUGCUAUCAAAGAGGCUGCCAUUAUUCUGGAGAUCCUGAAGAAGCAGAAGUUGAAAGAGUCUCUGGACCCAUGGGCCUUAAUUCUUGAAGAGAGCACAUUCAAGGCCAAGAAAACCGUAAAGGCCGUGCUGAAUACAGAAAAGGAGCGUGUUCCAAAUCCACGAAACAGUUCUCCUGUUGAAAAGAACCCCGUCAUAGCAGAGCCUUCGUACUUGCCGACCUGGACGAGAGGAAGGACCAAGUCGCUUCACUGA